GAUCUGCUGCCUAUUCAAUUUUUUACAUCAACCAGGUGGACAGGUGGUGAAUUAACUCCGAUGGGAAGCUUCUCCUUGCUAGGCUUUCACGGCUACUUGGCAUUUUUACCCGGCAAUCCAAAUCGACUGACCUCAUGAAUCCAGCCUUUGAACGUUGAAAACCACAAGUCUGUACGCUCUCUCGACUCUUUGUCUACACACUCCCUUGACGCAAAGCGAGAUGGCAGACGCUGAAUGGCGAGCCAUGUUGAACGGGGCCCUUGCUUGCACGCCUCGGAGCACCCAGGCAACAGUCGGAAAGUGGCGAAAUUAUGUUGGAAGCAAAUCGCAGGCCGAGGCCCCUCGUCUGAAAGCCAACACUUCCGUGUCUCCUCUUACAACUGAUACAAAGACCUCCUAUACAGCAAACGUGUGCUCUCGCCAUGGCGCUAAGAGUGCGCCAACGGUUAAGCCAAAAAGUGUGACCUCCCGACCAGAAGCAGCAGAAGUUACCGCCAAAAAGCGUACCAUACAGAAGAAGAAAAGUCAUGAGUCUCUAACAGUUCGAACAGCCAAUCCCGCCCAGGCUCAAUCCCCAUUGCUACAGAGUCCGUCUAAUCCGUCUCCAACUAGCACACUCCGUGCCAUGCGCCCGCCUAGUCGUGGUGGACCUCAGACCCCACCACCGCCGUAUCAUCAGGACACGGCACACACAGACAAAAGCUUGCGGCGAGGCUCAACGUCGUCCCGUCGAUCCGUCAUUUCUCCAACAAAAGGGUCGCCUCAUAACAAAAAGACAUCCACCGGCGUCCGCUCCCAUUCACCACCUACUCGUCCUGUGUCUGACUUUGCAAGAACUCUGAACAACACAUUUCAACAAGGCGACCGCAUCCUGGAGGCCAAUGAGUUGGAGAUGCUAAAAUUGGAGCACUCUGAUCUCCGUGGUGCUUACUCUCGUCUGGCAGAAGAGAAUCGAAUGCUUGUACGAUGGGUCCGCCAGCACGGAGAUGGUGGAUAUAGAACCCCCACCGACUCAUCUCUUAAUUUUGUGGGACAACAGCACAUUGACGCUGACGCAAUAUCCGCGGCCCUUGAGGAGGUGGGAGCUCUGCAAGGGCAGCUUUCCGAAUCCCAACAACAAGUCUCCGAGUUAGAACGACUAGUUACAGAUCUUCAAGCGACCGCAUAUCAGAAGGAAUCUAUCUUUUCCGCAGGCCAACAGUCGAUUGAACAGCUUCAAACUGCCAUCCAAGCAUUGGAGCAGACUUUAGAAGCCAACCAAGCAGCUCAUAAUUUAGCCCUUGAGGAAAAUGAGCAUGCUAUUGAGGAGCUGAAAGCUUCAUUGGAAAUCAAGGAUGCGGUUAUAGUCGAUCAAAAGAGAUGCAUACAACAACUGGAGGCGUCUCUCCGUGCAAAUGGCGCUCUUCUGGAGGAACAGAAAGGUAUACUUCGGCAGAUGGAAGAGGACAUGGUACUGGUAGAUCCAGCAAUGAGAGCGAAGGAGUUGGUGAUCGCUGAGCAGGAGAGCAGGAUUCGAGAGUUGGAGUUGAUGAUAGAAGAAUAUCGGCGGGACCGCGAUUCUGGCGUUGAUAUGAAGACAAAUGCAGACCUCAUCAGGGAGCCUGAGGAACUCAGCAACACUCGGGAAGAUGAUGAUAUAGUUGUAUCACUUCACUCGCCAAAACCCCAGGAAGACCUUGGCGAGCUAACACCGAGAGUCGUCCCUGUCGACAUCAAUAAUAUUGCUAGUAGCGAUGAACAGGAAGCUUUAUCAGGAGUCGAAGCAAUAGGGGACACAGAGGUAGAAAGUAGCUGGUGGAAUAACAGGAAUUCAUUAGGAGUACAUUUAUUCAUGUGAUGGGACUUUGAUAUCGCUGCUUUAGCUCAGAUAGUCCAUAGAUCACAGUUAUUCUCGUUAGCAAAACCUCAUGCAUGUUUUCUUGACUUUUAAUGUACUGUAAUUGCGAUUUUUUUUCUUUAUCAAAUUCCUUAAAAGAAUCCCACUGCCCUUGCACUGCAUAGUGUGUGUGGGAAAUAGAAA